AUGUCUUUCAGAUUAUUUGCUAGGCCCUUGAUACAAAUGCCCAAGUUGGCGGCUCCUAGAUGCAUAAAUAUCACCCCAAUAAGACCAAUAAGCGCAUCUGCUAUAUCACUUAAAACAAACACUUCCACCAGCACCAAAGAGAACGUCCAUGACUUGGAAACGUUUUUCAAGUUGAUUGGCCGUGACUGCAUUGAACAUCUCGACGCAUUCGAAAGUGACUUGCAGAAGUUUUUAAAAACAUCGUCCAAGGAUAUGAAGAACAUGGGUAUUGAUGUUUCCACCAGACGUUACAUGCUCAGAUGGAUCCACAAGUUCCAGAACGACUUGGAACCAUUGAGAGAACACAAGAGAGGCAAGAAGAAGAACGGAGGAGAAAGAAAUGCAAAGACGGUUUUGGCCAAGAGAACCGCAUUAAAGAGGUUAGAAGAAAAGGAAAGAUUCGAAUCGCAAGAGUUGGAGGCCGAAAGAAAGGGAGAAAGAGAAUUCUAA